AUGGCGCGGCAAGUUAAACAUAAGCAUAGUUAUGUUUAUAUACAAGAUAAAUACAUAAAGCCACAUAAAAACAUAUUGUUUUGGAAGCCGUGGGCCAAGAAAACUAAAUCGGCACAGUACACACAAAAAGUGGGAUCUACAAAAUUUCCAUCUCUUCGACUAACUGGUGCUGGUGCAGUGCGGCAAUAA